AUGGGUGGUGAGCUCCAUCAACGUCACACCACUUCAUCGACUACAACUACUGAAGCCGUAUCGUCAGUUCCGUCGUUGACAACAAAGGCAACAACUGAAAGAACUGCUUUGAAACGUCAACGCUUUGAACCAAAAGGUCUUCGGAAACUUUGGUAUUUAGCACUCUAUCUGUUUUGGUUUAUUGUUGGAUUAGCUGUAUUACGAAAAACGCAAAAUGCUAUCCAUUCCGUAUGGUACGUCAAAAGUAAUGGUCAUUUGGUUUCUGAGGAAGCAAUCGCAAAUUCAGCCCAAUUUAAGGAUCUGCUCAGUAAAUUUGAUACUCAAUUUACCAAACCACCAGCAAUUUUUUUGCUCAAUCAAUAUGCACUAAAUAUGACAUUCAAUUUCUUAUGCAAUACACGGGAAUUAGAAGGAGUUCACAACAGACUGUUGUUUGUUACGUUGGAUUCUGUGGCACGUGAUGUUCUUCACGAAUAUUGGCCAAAAAUUCAGCAAAUUUAUUGGCCGACACCAUGUUUAUACCAACCGUUCAGUUUCGCUGAAGGAGCCUAUCAAACAUUAUACCUUUUAAGAGCAAACUUGGCGGUAAAUUUGCUAAAGAAUGGGAAAUCAUUUUGGAUGAUGCAACAGGAUACGUUUUGGAGAAAAAAUUUGUUUGAUUUAAACUUGGAGGAUAACUAUGAAUACGAUGCGAUGUUUGACCAAAUUGGUUAUGAUGCAGACUCCAAACGAGCCGAAUGGGUCAACGGUGCUAAUUUCUUUGUCAGAGCCAACAACGAUACUCUGAAAUUUUUUGAAGCUAUUGCACUGAAGAUUGGUCACUGGUAUACUCCAGAUAUGGCAGUUAUGAUACAUCAGUGUCAUACGUGGAAGAAACCAAAGUGUGCUUAUAUGCCACACAAAAUUGCUAAUUCUUGGGAAUGGCUCCACACUGACCAGAAAAAUCCGCCAUACAUAAUGCAACUGGAUUGUGAGACAGACGGCAGUUCAAAACUAAUGCAGUUGGCUAAAUAUGGAUUUUACUUUAUGAACAAAGAUGAUCAUCGUGUUUGUAACCAAACUGCUGUCGAUUUGGUGAGGAAACGGAUGGAAGACGGAGAUAUUCGACCGUCGAAACCAGGUCUUCUGGGCCUCAGUUGGGGUCGUCUUCAAUUUCGGGCUUACUGGUGGAUUGUCGAUAACAUGUUAUCAACACCAAUCAUUGGGAAUUUAAUUAAACCCUACUUACCUUUGGUUGGCUUUAUAUUGAUGAUAACGAUCUGA